UGGACCUAGUGGAGCUCUAUGAAGAAAUGAGCAUUUACCUUCAUGGCGUCGACUAUGUCCAGAUGACAGUAGAUUUCAGCUUUAAGAAACUCAGUCAAAAGGUAAGCACCUCAAAAUAGGACACAAUCUGAAUGAUUUAUUUGUCUGAUUACAUAGAGUAAAUGUCAUAGAUGAUAGAAGUAAACUGGUAAGAUUAUCUGAGAAAAGGUAAGAAAAUAUUAUAUAAGAUUCCUUCAAUGUAAGAUACGAUUAUUGGAGGAUUCCUUCAUUGUAAAAUAAGAUUAUAUAAGAUUCCUUCAUUGAAAGGUACUAUUAUAUACGUUUUUUUCCAUAUAAGAUAAGAUUAUAUACGAUUCCUUCAUUUUAAGAUAAGAUUAUAUAAGAUUUUCUUCGAAGUAAUAUAAAAUCCAUUCAUUGAUCACAACAAAUAAAAUUAAGUUGUUUUUACACUAGACAGAAUUAUUUUCAGCAUAUUGACAUAAACACAGACAUUGACAACAUUCUGAUUAACUGAACUAGUUCAAUGUAAAGAGAGACGCAGUGGAUUUUUCAAACACAACGUAAAAGCCUGCAGGCCCCGUCCAGCUAGUCUGUAUAGCCUCAUUGUGACUUAGUACAAGUACUCUAUUGUCUAGCCAUUGACGAAGCGGCGACAGAGUCAGACUGUUUGAGGAUUGUAAUGCAUCUAAAAAAAAACGUUCCAUUAUUGAGAACUAUUGGUCAAACAAGUAGCUGAUCUGAUACGGUCGAUUUCAGCUUUUAAAGCGGUUCAUACGCCAGGCAGAAGUUAACUUUUCAGCUAUUGACACAUACGCAUCAAAUAGAAUGUGCCAGUACGUUAUCACAAGAUGCCUUUCAAUAGUGAUCACGUUUACUAAACCUUAUGAAAGGUAUACAAAGAAAAGUACAGCAAGAAUCAUGUCUAGUGGUGGUUUAGGAAAAAGGAUUGGGGUGGGGGGGGGGUGGGGGGGGGAGGAGACACACUAGCUAUGCAACAUGUUUUAAAUCCAUCCUGAUAAUCGAGUUAACCGGAUUUUCGGAUCCCUUCAUGAACCUGGUAUCUUCAGUUCCGUCAAUGUGCUGUCAAUAUGGAGGACAUAGGUCAUCAAUUAUGUGUGAAAGUUACUGCCAUACAACAGCCUAUAAACGUGUUAUCUUUUAAAGUCAUGUACAUUGAUGCAUGUUUGUUAUGUUGUAAGUCAUGCUUAGAAAUGCGUGUUUGUUAAGUUGUACGUCAUGCUUAGAGAUGUGUGUAUGGUUGUUUUAAGUCAUGGUCAGAGUAGCGAAUGCAUUCAUUUUAAAUCAUGUUGCUAUCUGCGCACGACAGAAAAAAAAAAAAAACGGAUUAGGCCAUCCAAAUGUUUUUACGCUCCAGAUUUUCGAAUUCCUCUGCGAUCUUUUGGAUAGUACACGUUAGUAGUAGUCAAUAAUAUGGCACUACAGCUUCUACGAUUUCACCCAAUAAGACGAACUCCAGACUCCAGUUUUUUUAAAAAACUGAUUUCUAUUUCUUUGUUGUUUCUCGUUUUGUCUUGUGAGACCAAAAACGUCCCCCUGAUAUUGUCCUGCCUCUUCAUUUCAAAAUGCGACAGACCUCACUCCAGUAUUUCCUGUUUAGAAACAAUAACGCUAAUACUCUUUUCCCCGUUUUUCUUGACAUAACUGACUUACUUCCCUUCAGACCUCUUGAGUUCAAACACUUACUUUUAGCAGUGUUGCUGAAUUUAACCUCCUGAUAUAAGUAUUUAACCCCCUAAUAUAAGGCUAUAACCCCCUGAUAUAAGUAUUUAACGCCCUAAUAUAAGGCUAUAACCCCCUGAUAUAAGUAUUUAACCCCCUAAUAUAAGGCUAUAACCCCCUGAUAUAAGUAUUUAACGCCCUAAUAUAAGGCUAUAACCCCCUGAUAAAAGUAUAUAACCCCCUGAUAUAAGGCUAUAACCCCCUGAUUUAAGGCUAUAACCCCCUGAUAUAAGGCUAUAACCCCCUGAUAUAAGUAUUUAACCCCCUAAUAUAAGGCUAUAACCCCCUGAUAAAAGUAUAUAACCCCCUGAUAUAAGGCUAUAACCCCCUGAUUUAAGGCUAUAACCCCCUGAUAUAAGGCUAUAGCCCCCUGAUAUAAGUCUAUAACCCCCUGAUAUUAGGCUAUAACACACUGAUAUGACGCUAUAACCCCCUGAUAUAAGGUUAUAACCCCCUUAUCGAAGGAUAUAAUCUCCGGGAUAUAACUGACUUAAUAGUGCACCAUGUAUGACUCCUAUAUCAGGUGACCGAACUUCUGACGAGGACUAGGAAGCUUGAUGCCUUAUUUCUCAACUGUCUUGACAAGUUUGAUGACCCAGACAAAUACGCCAUCCCCUUGCCGGACCUGAUAGACCGGAUGCUUACGAAAGAGAGGAGUCAGAGCCACAUCAAUAAUGCGGACAAGAAGGUCAGAUAUCCCGUGACUCGCGUAUAGCCUAGAGAAACUCAAAAAUACAACUUGUUCCUAGAGAUUGUUUUUGAAAAACUCAUCCAAUGAACUAUUUGUAUUCGUUUCCUUACAUAACACAUAAAGAUAGUGCUAUUUGUCUCUGUAAAGCUGGUACAGAAGCUGUCUGAGGAGAGAGAUCUCGCCAAGCGGCAGGUGAGGAGACUGGAAGACGAACUGGAUAAAGUUCUACAGAGGCAGAGCCCAACACAAAAACCACAGGAGAUCCAGUUGAGGAACAGGCAAAACAUCAACGUCAGGUGGGUGUGGCCUCACGGGAGAGGUGGGUGGGGCUUGAUGGGAGGGGUGGGUGGGGCUUUAUGACAUAGGUGAGUGUUGCUUUAUGGUUCAGAUGGGUGUGGCUUUGUGAGAUAGGUGAGUGUUGCUUUAUGGUACAGAUGGGUGUGGCUUUAUGAGAUAGGUGAGUGUAGCUUUAUGAGAAAGAUGACAGUGACUUCAUAAGGUAGGUGAGGGUUGCUUUAUGGUACAGAUGGGUGUGGCUUUAUGAGAAAGAUGACAGUGACCUCAUAAGGUAGGUGAGUGUAGCUUUAUGAGAAAGAUGACAGUGACUUCAUAAGGUAGGUGAGGGUUGCUUUUUGUUUUAGAUCGAUGGAUGUUGCUAUAGUUAAUUGUCUUUUAAUGAAAGUUGUUAAGAGGGUUGUGUGUUAAUUUAAUGGUGUUGUGGAUGUUGUUAUGAUGAUUGGGUGUAGCUUAAUUUAAUGGUGCUGUGGAUGUUGUUAUGAUGAUUGGAUGUAGCUUAAUUUAAUGGUGCUGUGGAUGUUGUUAUGAUGAUUGGGUGUAUGUUAAUUAAAUGGAGUUGUGGAUUGUUAAGAUGGGUGGGUGUAGCUUAAUUUAAUGGUGCUGUGGAUGUUGUUAUGAUGAUUGGGUGUAGCUUAAUUUAAUGGUGCUGUGGAUGUUGUUAUGAUGAUUGGGUGUAGCUUAAUUUAAUGGUGCUGUGGAUGUUGUUAUGAUGAUUGGGUGUAGCUUAAUUUAAUGGAGCUGUGGAUGUUGUUAUGAUGAUUGGGUGUAUGUUAAUUAAAUGGAGUUGUGGAUUGUUAAGAUGGGUGGGUGUAGCUUAAUUUAAUGGUGCUGUGGAUGUUGUUAUGAUGAUUGGGUGUAUGUUAAUUAAAUGGUGUUGUGGAUUUUGUUAUGAUGAUUGGAUGUUGCUAUAUUUGAGGGUGUUGUGAAUGUUGUUAUGAUGAUUGGGUGUAGCUUAAUUUAAUGGUGUUGUGGAUUUUGUUAUGAUGAUUGGGUGUUGCUAUAUGUGAUGGUGUUGUGAAUGUUGUUAUGAUGACUGGGUUUAGUUUAACUUAAUGGUGUUGUGGAUGUUAUUAUGAUGAUUGAGUGUAGCUCAAUUUAAUGGUGAUGUGGAUGUUGUUAUGAUGAUUGGGUGUAGCUUAACUUAAUGGUGUUGUGGAUGUUGUUAUGAUGAUUCGGUGAAGCUUAAUUUAAUGGUGUUGUGGAUUGUUUUAUGAUAAUUGGGUGCAGCUUAAUUUAAUGGUGUUGUUGAUUGUUUUAUGAUGAUUGGGUGUAGCUUAAUUUAAUGAUGUUGUGGAUGCUGUUAAGAUGGUUGGGUGUAGCUUAAUUUAAUGGUGUUGUGGAUGUUUUUUGAUCAAUUAUUAUAUUUUUUUAUAUAUGUUGUUGUGAUUGUUGUUAUGAUAAUUGGAUAUGGCUUCAUAUAUAAUAAGUGGGUGUGACUAUAUGGGUAAGGAUUGCAGUGUAUUUGCUAUGGUGUGAUUUUAAGAUUAAGUUUUGCACGGCACUUGCUAAGUGUGAUUUAAUGGAUAGGGUUUGCAUUGUAUUUGGUGGCUUGCUUGGUGUGAUAGUUACAUUUAGAAACGAACUAAUUGGAAUUGUAUAACUCCUUGGGUGUUGGAAAGGGGGGAGGGGGAGGGGGUGUUCGUUCGUUUUUGUGUGACACGUAUGGAUGCAUUCUGCUUAUGACAAAAAAAUCAUUUCUUCUUUGUUGUAUGUUGGUACACUGCUCAUCCAGUUAUCUUUUGCUCUGGCCUGCAUGCAGGUAUUCGCUGCUACUCCCCGACCACGCACACCACUCUGAUCUAACCCAGCCAGGUGCAGGACCUUUUACUGUCACCACAUUAAACCCAGCCAACAGCGUGGACAACGGUUCCAAUCCCCAUCAGAGCAGUAGCCAACCAGACAGCCAUAAGAACAGUGGUCCCCCCUUGGUCAACUACGGUAUGGGUUCUCAAGUUGUAGCUCCGGACCCAAGAUUAGUAGUAAAAAAUAACGACACCGAUGGCCGGCCCCCUGACGCUGGUGGUAUGGCCAACACGAGCGUUGAUGCUAAAAAGACAUCAAGCCAGUAUUCCAUUAAUCCUACCGAUAGCAAGACAAACUACGUCCUUCACUAUCCCACCGAUAGCAAGACAAACUACGUCCUUCACUAUCCCACCGAUAGCAAGACAAACUACGUCCUUCACUAUCCCACCGAUAGCAAGACAAACUACGUCCUUCACUCAGCGUCCAGUUUUCACGCAGCGCUUCCUCAGGGGAAACUACGGCGCCACGCCAGUGAGGAGAGCCUUAAGGUCGCCAUAAGUAAGGAAGAGGCGGAGACCUCAAGUCUGACCUACCUGAACCAUGCCAUGAACCAGGGUCAGAGAACAACCCAGAACGCCACCGUUGAAGGCAACCCUCCCCAUCAAAACAACAUCACGAAGCAGCCGCCCUCAACCAGGGUUGAUGUACAGAAUAAAAUGCUAAGAAUGUUGACAAGUGCAAGCAAGACCAACCAGAAAGUUCGAAGGUCAGAAUCUGAACGGGCUGUAGGAAGUCAUGGUCCCCGGGUUGACAGGCCAUGGAAGAACGCUGAAGCUGAUUCUAUUUUUAAGGGCAACACCAGCCUUCGAGCCAGCUAUGAAAAUAUCGUAUCAGCCGUCAAGAAGGGUGAGCAACUACUUGAUGGUUCCAGCCCACCGAACAGCAACACCAAUUCAUUUCAAUAUCAGCACAACGAAGAACCUCCUCACAACCCAUACAGGAUUAUUUUCCAACAGCCGGCCAGUCACAAACCACCAGGUCGCCAAGCUGGAUCUCACCAGAGCAGGCAGGAGCACUACCAGCUUCAGAAACAACGUCAGGCUAGCAGCCUUGUCUACGAGGAUCCGGUCCAAGAGCAGAGUCUCCACACAAAACAAGCCAGCACGACACAGAAAACGACUUUGAUCUAUCCCCGGGAUCCCAGUUUACCCCAAAGCAAGACGGAAGAAUGGCAGCCUGCUGUAGGACAUGCCAGGACCAGCAGUAGAGAUAGAGACAGCGGCCUCACUUCACACACGACCAGCUUUCUACCUCGACCACCAAGUCGUGGAAACCCAAGCGCGGUACUAGAUUAUACGUCGGAUUCAGAAAUGGUGAUCAAUUCAGGGACGAGAACUGCCAGUCCAGGUAGAACGAAAGCACGAGUAAGGUUUGCCUCCCCUGUAUCCAGGUCCUCCAAACCAAACAAGAAGGCUCACGGGAGGGGGAUUCUGGCCAACUACCAGAACGAUACAGCCAGUGCUACCAAUAAGAGAAUCAAAAAACGAAUAUGAGAAUCUUGUAGCCGAAAAAAUAACAUAUAUGUCUGCAUAAAAGAAAGUAUUUAUUUAGUAUAGUAACAUAUUGUAAAUAUAAAAGUACUAUUUUUUUUACAACAGUUAUAUGAUGUACAUAUUAUAUUUAUGAACACUAUCGAUAACAAAAAAUGUACAACAAAUAAUGCUUAGAUGUUUGUAAAUAUUUUGUGCCAGUAACAUGUAGGCAAAACCGAAGUGGCAGCAAGGGAUGCCUCGAAUAUUUUAGGGCCCCAAAGAUGUAGAGUGUGAAGUUAUAUGUUCCUUGGUCCAUACGGGAUGGCAUUUACAUGACACCCAUGGAGGGCUUUGUGUGGGUGAUUUAGUAUAUAAAGCUAUAUGUUCCUAGAUUAAUACAGGAUGACAUUUACAUGACAUUGGGGCUUUGAUCAAAUUUGGAUGAAACAAAUUAUAAAUAAUAUGUGAAUAAAUAAAGCGUUAGUUCAUCAAUAAAUGAUAUGUUUAGAAUUUUGACGGAGAGAAAGCUAACAUAUGUAUUUAAUGUUUGCAUGUAAAAAGAAAUAAAG